AAAUGCUCAUAGCCUAAAUUUGUGCGUUACUUUAUCACGGUUUUUGAAGAGUAUGUUAUAAACUGAGUUCUGCAACAUAGGCAGCAUUUAAGUGUAUAAUUAGCAGAUUAGGAAUCCUUUUUCAUCUUUCAAUGAACCGAUUUUUUCUGCUUCUAAAGUCCUAAUAGGGCUGGAUAUUAAAAUCUGAAGUUAUAGUUAGAAGUUAGUGAUCAUAUGAUGAACUGAUCCCAACUAUAAUACAAGGAAAUCAUAGAAAUAAGCUUUUUUGAGCUUACAAAUGUGUGUACUUCGCCUUUCCGAAGUUAGUGUUAAAUAAUCACCAACUCGUCAAUUAUUUUCCUUCCACGUAUGACGUGGUAUUGCCUAUAUUGUAAUUCCUUAAUUUUCCGAUUAUGUGACCAUAAACCUAUUGUAUAAUGUCAUAUGAGUCGUUUUAUGAAGCGGAACUGCACAAAUAGAAUCCGUCCUGUGUUGUUCUGUCUCGGCUGUCGGGCUAGCCAACUAACGUAAGAGACUGGGAUCCUGAACCAAUAGUCGUUAGAUAUUAAUCUCAGCCAUUAUCUAAUUGUUAUUGGGUUCUUAAUAAUAGAAUAGCAGUUGUGUCAUUGGCCUCACACAGGCAAUCUCUACAUGAUAACAAUUGCUCAAACUAAAUCCCACGACUGCUGCAUGGACACACACACUAUGUAAGAAACAUGUGCUUUUCUUCAUCACAUCGCUUUUAUUGGCUAGAGUGGGAUAAAUAAUGUUUCAUAGCCACAAGACAAAGUAUUUUGCCUGUCCAUCAAGUCGUUUUCCGUUUUUUAAGCCUAACUUUUCUCAUCAAGUUUGAGUUACUGAUAAUGUCCAGGAACCAGCCACAUUUGUACAUGUUUUUUUCACACAUUUUUAGGUAUUAUAAAUCUUAUUAUUUUCGUUUUUGUCUAUUCUGUCGAUUCAUUCUGACCGUUUUAUUGGUCCAUAGUCCGAUUCGUGUAGUUAUUCUGGUUUGGGAACCAGGUUUUGUAGAGCCCUUACAUAAUUAUGUAGUUGACAAACUAUUCAUGUAGAUUUGAUCUGUUGUAUUUCUUCCCAUCAGUCUUUAACAAACAAAAGGCACAUUUUGUAAGGUUACUUAUAAUUACUUUUUACAAGAAAGUUCUUUAUUUUAUUUAACGCAACUGGGAAGCGCUUUAUAAACCACUAGGUUAUCAAUUUUGUUAUAGGUUUACUAAGCGUUAGCCUAUUCUCAUUGUUACACUGUUUUCCUAAGUUUGCUUUGAUAAAUAUGGAUGUGUCGUAACUUUCAAUUUCACUUUUCUAGUAAUUUCAGCCUCAACAAAUUAGCACAAUUUUCGCUAUCAUUGGAAAAGAUUUUGUAGAAAGUUGGCUGCAUCAGACGUCCAGUUUCUGUCAGUGUGAUUAAAAUGUCCCAUGUUUUGCACGUUAUCUCAAACCUUUGUUUCUGAACCAAAGUUUAAUGAAAACUCCACCCCUGCUUCCAAAACAGUAAAUGUUCGAUUUGUUGAUCGAAAUGGUAACAUCAGACAUCUUGAAGGAGAAGUUGGAGAUAAUUUGAUGGUACUGGCCCGCCGGCAUAAUAUUGAAAUAGAGGGAGCUUGUGAGGGUUCUCUGGCAUGUUCCACUUGCCAUGUCUAUAUUGAUCAAAAAUUUUAUGAUCUGCUCCCACCUGCUUCUGAGGGGGAGGAAGAUAUGUUAGAUUUAGCUGUUUUCCUACAAGAAAACUCUAGGUUAUCCUGCCAAAUAAUGCUGACCAAAGAACUAAAUGGAAUGACAAUCACUUUGCCAAAGGCUACAAGAAAUUUCUAUGUUGAUGGACAUAUUCCACAACCUCAUUAG